AUGUUCUUCUCAAAGACCGCCGUGGCUGCUGCCAUUGCCUUCUCCUCCCUCCUCGGAGCAGUCGUCGCACAACCUAUCCACCACGCUCACAACCUUCACAAGCGUGAAGCUAACCCCGAUGUUGUCGUCGUCGUCAUCACCAACUAUGUCGAUAGCGAAGGUAAUAUCAUCUCCGUCGGUACUGAAGGUGUUGCUGCUCCUUCUGCUACUUCUAGUUCCGCAGCUGCCGUCGUUGCUCCUUCCUCUGAGGUUGUCGUCGUCUCUUCUUCUACUGCUGCUGCCGCCGCUCCUUCCUCCUCCUCAGUCGCUUCAGUUGUUGUCCCAGUUGCUUCUUCUUCUUCCUCCUCCUCAGUCGCAGCUGCUACCUCCACCGGUUCCUCAGGUUACACUUCCGGCUCUACCUCUUCUGCAGGAGCUAAGGGUGUUGUUUACUCUCCUUACAAGACUGGUGGCUGCAAGACUGCCGAUGAAGUCAAGUCCGACCUUGCCCAGCUCACUGGUUAUGACGUUAUCCGUCUUUACGGUGUUGACUGCGACCAGGUUACCAAUGUUAAGGCUGCUCUUGCCGAUGGCCAAAAGCUUUUCCUUGGUAUCUACGAUGUUGCUAACCUUCAGUCUGGCCUUGAGACCUUGAUUGCUGCCAUUGGUGGUGACUGGGAUCUUGUCCACACUGUUUCCAUUGGUAAUGAGCUUGUUAACAGCGGUUCUGCUACUGUUGACCAGAUUGCUUCCUACGUCUCUGCUGCUAGACCCAUUCUUACUGCCGGUGGUUACUCUGGUCCCGUUGUUUCCGUUGACACUUUUAUUGCUGUUAUCAACAACCCUGGUCUCUGUGAUAUCUCCGAUUACAUGGCUGUCAAUGCUCACUGCUACUUUGAUGGUGGUUACUCUUCUUCUGAGGCUGGCUCCUGGACCCUCGAGCAAAUCCAGCGUGUUUGGACUGCAUGCAGCGGUAAGAAGGAUGUCUUUAUCUCUGAGGCUGGCUGGCCUUGGGCUGGUGAGACCAAUGGUAAGGCUGUUGCUUCUUACGAUGACCAGGCUGCUGCCAUUUCUGCCAUCAAGAGUGCUGUUGGUACUGACACUAUCCUCUUCACUGCCUUUAACGAUCUCUGGAAGAGCCCUGGUCUCUACUCUAUUGAGCAGAACUUUGGUCUUUACGGUACUUCUAAUUAA